UCUUCCAUUUCACACAAGUAGUUCUUGCUUCAACAGUGUUUGAACGGAACUUCUUCCCUCGUCCCGCGGACUAUUACUUCAGCCAGCCUGAAUCCGGACACGAGCACAAACGUUACUACUUGAACACCACUGAGAAACAAGUCGCUGUGAAGCUUUAUUUUUGUACCGAUUUGCUAAGAAAAAAGAACCGAAACCCCUCAAGAAACGCCAGUAAAAUGGAGUCUCAGGUGCGUCAGAACUACCACCGCGACUGCGAGGCCGCCGUCAACCGGAUGGUCAACAUGGAGCUGUUUGCCUCCUACACCUACACGUCCAUGGCCUUUUACUUCUCCCGUGAUGAUGUGGCCCUCGAAGGCUUCGCUCAUUUCUUCAAGGAGAACAGCGACGAGGAGAGGGGGCACGCCGAUAAGCUGCUGGCCUUCCAGAACCACCGGGGAGGACGCAUCUUCCUCCAGGACCUCAAGAAACCAGACCGCGAUGAGUGGGGAAGCGGGCUGGAGGCCAUGCAGUGUGCCCUGCAGCUGGAGAAGAACGUCAACCAGGCCCUGCUGGACCUGCACAAACUGGCUUCGCAACACGGAGACCCACAUAUGUGUGACUUCCUGGAGACCAACUACCUAAACGAGCAGGUGGAGGCCAUUAAGAAGCUUGGUGACUACAUCUCCAACCUCUCCCGCAUGGACGCCAGCAAGAACAAGAUGGCGGAGUACCUGUUCGACAAGCACACCCUGGCAAGCAAGAGCUAAAUGUGCCAAGUCGCAGGGUCGAGCCUGGAGUGGAAAUAUGGCCGACACGCCGGGUCCAGUGAGCCUACAUUUACAUCAGAUCUGCUAAAUGUAAAGUCAACAAGUUCUGGUGGUGUCACUGUUUUUGUUUUAAAUGUCAUUUAAGCAAGGCGAUUCAUAGGUCAUGACAUUGCCCUCAUGACCUAAUAAAUCUCUUGUGUGACAUUUAUUACGACUACUGUAACUGAAUGUUUCUGAUCUGUUCCUAAUCUGAAUAAAAAAAUGUUGAGCUGGA